UCUAAUUGUAUGUCUGUCUGGGAAUAAUCCUGUGGGAGCGAGUGGAUGCACACACAAGAUGCAGCAGCAGCUAAGGGGGACUGGGGGAAACAACACUGCGGUCACAGACUUCAAGUUUGUCCGCCGCACAGCAUCAACAAGGGCCAGGACAUAUCGGGGUUUUCUGCCCACCUUCGUACUUGGUGCCGUCGAACUGCUCCGUGAGACCAGGAUCCACGCACAGCAGCAGCAGCAGCAGCAGCAGCAGCAGCAGCAGCUGUAGCUGCACAGCAAGUGAAGUUCAAUCUGUCGUACUUGCCCUGCCCUCCCAAGAUCGAAGGUCAAGCGACGCGUGGAUCCAUCACAAUCAUGACGUGGCCGCAGGACGAACGCCGUGCGGGCAGCAGGUGCAACAGCGAGCAGUGCAUGGAAAGGACGGUAGGAGAAGAGCACUGCCGGGUGUGCCAGCAGCAGCUCGAGCAGCAAGCGUACCAUGAGGAAGAACGGCAGUACCAGCAGCUCCUGGAGCAGCAGUACCACAGCAGCCUAUCACGGCAGCAGCGGCAGUACCAGCACCAGCACCAGCAGGAGCUGCUACGACGCCAUCACCAGCAGCACCAGCAGCACCAGCAGCAUCAGAUGAUGAUGAUGAUGGCGAUGAACGGUGAUAGAAGCGGGGACCACUGCGAAAACUUUGACGACGAGAACAACGACAACGACAACGACAACGACGGCACGUGCGGCGACCGAUAUUGCACCUUCUGCUCCGGCAGGGAGCAUGGCCAGAGGAACUACAGCACCUCAUGUCAGCUGGACGGAGACGAAGAUGACAGAGGGGGCCCCGGAGCAUCAUUAGGCGGCGUGUCUUCCAGCGUGUGCACGGCGUCUACGGGUACCAUGUCCUGGUACACACAAAAUAGAGGUUACUACCAAGAGGGUCAAGUCUUGAGCGAGGGGGAGGAGCAGGAGGAGGAGGUGGUUCGGGAGGGUGGGCUUGGGCGUGGCGAGGGCGAGUACGACGACAACGACGUCGAGAUGGCCAGGCGUCUCUUGUGCGCGGCGCUAGGGUCUUAA